CUUGUGCUUUGCACCCCGCGGCGGCUGAGAACCUUGGCGGCUGCAGAGCCGGCAGCGCAGGCGGACGGAGCGGAGCUGCCCGGCCCGGUGACGGGCGAUGCCCCCGUGAGCAUCUCUCGCUGCCCCUCCCCGCCCCGCGCCCCUACCUCAUCAGAGUCCACCGCCCGCCUGGGACCGGGCCGCGCCUACCGCCGGGUCCGCGGGGCGGGGUCCAGGGGCAGCACCUGCCCCGCCUUGCAGAGCCGCCUCGGCCAACGGAGACCCCUCCCUAUCUGGACCCUGGCCCCACCCCAGACACUUCUGGCCUCUGGACAUUAAUUGGAUUUUACUCUGCAGAACUCAGGGCUGAGCUAUUCCUUUCUGGGCUCCCCCUACCCCAAACCAGAGUCUUAUCACAUCACCUCCUCCUGGGAGCUACCCUGAUUGCCUUCGCCUCCUUUCUUGGAAACUGGUGUCUCAGAAGUUAACUGAAGCCUGUGUCAAUGCCCUAGGGGAGUGUGGUUGGGAGGGGCACAGCCCCCUGGGAUGCGGAGCACCACGCACAGAUUUGUCAGUUCGGCACUUUCAUGCGCACUGGUUCCAUCCCUACAACACUCCCAUGAGAGUUGCCUGAGGCCCUGCCGCCCCUUCGGACCAUGUUUAACGGGGAGCCAGGCCCGGCCUCGGCCGCAGGCGCCAGAAAUGUGGUUCGGAGCUCCAGCAUCAGCGGUGAAAUCUGUGGAUCUCAGCAGGCAGGGGGCGGGACCGGGACCACCACCGCCAAGAAGCGGCGCAGCAGCCUCGGGGCUAAGAUGGUGGCCAUUGUGGGCCUGACCCAGUGGAGCAAGAGCGCACUGCAGCUGCCCCAGCCUGUUAUGGAAUCCGGCUGUGCUCAGAGCAGUGGGCGACCCACCUUAUCACAUGCAGUCACCUGGACCCUGCGUCACAGACCCCCCAACCCGGACCUCCUCACCGUGGCAUCAGCCCAAACACCAGCUGAAGGGGCCACCAAGAAGCUGCGCAGCAACAUCCGGCGGAGCACGGAGACGGGCAUCGCCGUGGAGAUGCGGAGUCGGGUCACACGCCAGGGCAGCCGCGAGUCCACCGACGGGAGCACCAACAGCAACAGCUCGGACGGCACGUUCAUCUUCCCCACCACCCGGCUUGGGGCCGAGAGCCAGUUCAGCGAUUUCCUGGAUGGGCUGGGACCAGCCCAGAUUGUGGGGCGACAGACGCUGGCAACUCCACCAAUGGGGGACGUGCAUGUUGCCAUCAUGGACCGGAGCGGCCAGCUGGAGGUGGAAGUGAUCGAGGCUCGGGGCCUGACCCCCAAACCUGGUUCCAAAUCCCUCCCAGCCACCUAUAUCAAGGUUUACCUGCUUGAGAAUGGGGCCUGCCUGGCCAAGAAGAAGACAAAGGUGGCCAAGAAGACCUGUGACCCCCGGUACCAGCAGGCUCUGCUCUUUGACGAGGGGCCGCAGGGCAAGGUGCUGCAGGUGAUCGUCUGGGGAGACUACGGCCGCAUGGACCACAAGUGCUUCAUGGGCAUGGCCCAGAUCAUGCUGGACGAGCUGGACCUGAGUGCCGCCGUCACCGGCUGGUACAAACUCUUCCCCACAUCCUCCGUGGCAGACUCCACACUCGGAUCCCUCACCAGGCGCCUCUCCCAGUCCUCCCUGGAGAGUGCCACCAGCCCCUCAUGCUCCUAAGGACCUCAGGAAGAGGCUGGGGUGCCUGCUGGCACCUCUCCUCCUCCCCUGUACAUAGUCUCACGUCUUUCUGGCCCCUCGCCCUGCUGCAUGCCUGUUGGCUACUGGGCACGUCCCAGCUGGCAGUGGAGAGUGUAGUCUGUGUGUGUGUGUUUGUGUGUGUGUCCGUGUGUGACCAUGUUAUAUGUGUUCACUUCUCUGGGUACCGUCAGUCUUGGUGACCACAUGGGCUGAAAUCCAUGUCCCUCUGUGUCUCAUUGACAAGAAACCUAAGUGAGUGUUGUGUGGACAUGACCCCCCCCCCAGGCCAGGGGUAGAAGAGGGAGACGUGGCCCGGCCUGGUCCUGUGCUGGGGCAGAGCCCCCCUGUGCCCGCCUGUGCCUCUCGGUGGUCCCUGCUGAGUUUCCUGUCUUGUUCUUUGUUGCCUCUCCCAACACUGCUGCUUUUUUUGAGGAAUGUAGCAUCCACUGCGGCUGGCCACACUGAGGCCCCUCUGGGAACCGUGAUGCCUCUCCUCCCACCCAGCGCUCUGGCAGCUCUUCCCACCGAGUGCACCUGCAGCAUAAGGCAUGCUUGUCUAGUGCCCUGGCCAGGGCCCAGGGAGCAAAGAUGCCUGGGGAGCUGAGGGCUUGGAGACUGCUGCCUCCCUCGGCUGGAGCCACCUCCUUCCUACAAGCAAGACAGGAGGAGGUCUGAGUUCCCAGGGUUGCUGGCCAGAUACCUUAGAGGGAAGUUCCGCUACCUCCCUUAGCACUGCCCUUCACCUCUUAUCUCCCUCCACGCCAGCUCACUCUGACAUGCUGAAGGAGCUCUCCCAGUGGACACAGGAGGCGUGGGCGGAGCCUCUGAACAUCCAGGAGGCGGCCCUCAGAGGGGAUGUAAUCUGCCAAAGCAGACAGUCCUCCCCAGGCUGUGAGGGUGGCCCUGUCCCCAGCAGGGCUCCUCCAGCUGGAGCCUGGUCUGCGAGGGGUGCUGAGGGGGGCUGUCUGCUGCGAGAAGAAGGUGAGGGUUGACAGGCUCGAGCCACUGCUGAGAAUCCUGUCUGACAUGUGGGGACUGGCUGCCUGAAGUUAACCGUUUAGGGCUGUACUUUUUGUUCGUGUCUAGGCCAGAGUUGCUGUCUGGGAGACUCAUGUGGGCCCCAGCAUCCUGGCUCGACUGCCACUGUCACCAGCUCUGUACAAGCAAUACUCGCCUCCCCGCUCCUGCAUUCCGCUGCCCUCUGGAGAGCAGCCUAGGCACCUGCCCUGCCUCUGCUGUCACUCCACCCACCCGGAUGGAGCGUCCGAAGCUGCUCAGACUCUGACUUGAUCUGACAGUGGGGCCCUGCGGGUGGGGCCAGUGCCUGGACCUUGUGAGGUGUCUGCUGGGAACCCUGGAGUCCGGCUCAGGAAUGCUUAAGUCUGUCCCUUUCCCCACCUCAGGUCCAGGGUGAAAGGUGAGAGGCAGCCCAGGAGAUGGAUACAGCAGCCCUGGGGGCCGUGCGGUGGGGGGCGAGCUCUCUGUUUCUUCCCCAGGCGUCACCCCCCCCCCGUGCUGCAGUGACUCUAACCAGGCCACCUGCCGGAGGGGCUACCCAGGGACAGCCCAGAGUCUCAGAGCCGGAGUGCUCGAGCCAUUUGUGACCGAAAAGGGACAGGCCUGGAGGGGGACUGUGAGAAGGGUAGGGGGGCGGAGGCUCUCUGGAGACACAGCCAUCACCGCCAAAGGGCCUCCUGUUGGGGCAGGAUCCACAUUAGGCUGAAGCCGGAGCCCAGUGUUUUUCCUCCAAACACCAAGGGGCAGAAACCGGGCCCCCGUUGGUCCUGCCCGCAGACAGAGUAGGUGAUACGAUGAGCUCCUGGGCUUCGGUCUCCUGCCUGAGCCUCCGCUCUCAUAUCAAAGACGAGAAGCGUCGUGUGCAUGGAAGAGAGGGGAGGCCACGGGGCCCUUUUCUCUUUCUGCAGAAACUCUCCCAUUGUCGCGGCUGGCUGGUGCACGCAUUUCUCAUGUUUCUCGGAGGGAAGCAAAGGGCUCUGUGCUCUCGGGUCCGAGGGUGGGGAAGGGGAGGCACCUUUCUCACAGGACAUUUUAUGUCCUGUCCGUGAUGCAUACACCUCCGGAGAGGUCACCCUCGAGUGGGUGUGAAAAUACACCCGGGGUGGUGGGAUUAUUAGUGACAGUGCAGGCAUCAGCUGAUGUCACACUGAAUGGUUGAUCCAUGCAGCCACACCUGGGCUGGGGAGGAACAUCACCCUCUUCCUCAAGGGGGCCCAGAGAGGCCAUGAGAGAAGGUGGGAGCUGCCUGCAGAGAGGCCGCUGCCCCUGGCCUGGGGGACGAGGGAGGUCGGUUAGCACUGGGAAGUUCCAGCCAGAGGCAGGGCGACAUGGGUUGCUAACUGAGCUGCCUGCAGUCCCCAGCUACCAAAACCCCAGGGGUUGGGCUACUCCACAAUUCCACCUCUAAUGGGAAGUAAUUUCCUUGCAAGUUGAUGCUGGGAAUGAGUCUGUUUAACCCUUUGCAUCAAGUAAGUGACUAAUCCCCACUGGAUUUUCCCCCAGGAGGGCAAAGUUGUGUGAGGCUGCUGUAUGUGUGUGAUGGUGACUGGCUGGAUAUAAGGGUCUGUUCCUCAGCAUCCUGGACGCAGGGGGCCUGCCUGAGAAGCCGCUGGGACGUGAGCCUGUCCCAGAAGAGGGGGGAGCUCAAGCGUCACUCCUGGCCACCCCUGGGGUGGGGAGCAUCUCUUCUUUGAGGAGGGGACGGUGGGGUAGGAAGGAAUGUGACCUCCCAGGUUUCUCCCUAACCUGGGACCCAACUCACUGCCAGGGGCAGUAUCUGGUCCAAACGCCCCCUUAGCCCAGGUGGAACUCGGAGCUGAUUACAGACUGGGGCUCUGUCCUUCCGUCUUCCUCUGCUCUGGCAGGAUCCGUGGAAGUUACAGCAGAGACAGAAAUGGCCCUGCAGCGAUGCCGGGCCGCAGGCAGGCCCCGUGACAAUGAUUCAGAGCAUCUGUCUUCACAUUUCGUCUCUGUUUGAUCUGUCCCACUUCCUUCAUAGACUGCUUCCCUACAGGGAAGUCUGUGAUGGGCCUUCGGUAUGAAUCAGGCUCCACUAAAUGGGCCAGGUCUCGGUUUGACAAGGGAGAUGUGAUCCUUCAGGGAAGAACCAUCUCCAGAACUGCUCCCCGUGCAGUCUCCUCCACCCCCCAGCUCUCCUAGGGAAGGAACACUCUGAGGCUCUUGGAGUGCACCAAGUCCCAGGCUGCACUCCUGGCAAGUCCAGGACUGGCCGAGGCAGAACCUAGGAGCUGCAGAGAGGGGGCACCUGUGUACCUCAUCACUCGUGGGAUCACUGCCCCUUGCAGCGCUGAGGUCCAGCCCCUUCUCCCAGGGGCAUCAAUGCCUGGGCUCUUCUUCACUGCCAGCCUUGAGGAGAGCAGAAGCGCCCCCUUUUGAAGACGACAGGACACUCCAAGAGUACUUUGAAAAUAAAAUGUAGCACAAUCUGACUGCGUUACAGGAGCCCUGGCACCCAACCAGGGUUCUUGCUCUUCACCCCGCUGCCCAGGAGACCUGUGCUCCUCCUCCCUACCCCCCCCCCAGGCCUCCACAGCUUCUAAUACCUCUGAUCCCCCAUCUUCCUUUGCCCAGAAAGUAGCAGGGCUUCUGUAAGGCUGCUGUUCUCUUUCUCUGAUUGCUCCCUGCACUGUGCAAACUCUGCAAAAAAUUGCUGCCUUUGUUUGAUAUUGUAAUGAGUUGUCCUUCACCUGGGUGGAGAGAGAUGGCACGUCACUCAAGGCCAGGGGGUGGUCCUGCAGUAUUUCUGCAGUGGCUGCAAGGAGAUGGAAAAGAAGAGGCCCGCUGCCCUGCCGACCCCCACCUUUCUCUUCCUCUGCUCAGUGUUUCCUCCACUGUCCUGACAUGUAAAGAGGGUCUUUAACAUGCUGCUUCCUGUACUGCAUUAUCUGUCACUGGAUGAUCGGGGGGAGAUGGGAAUGUGGACUCUUGUCCCCCACGUUCUCCCUCCAGUCUGCUUUCACUCAGGUCAGAAGAGAUUGGGGUAAAACAGCAAUCACGAGUCAAGGGCAGGGGAGCGCCUCCUGAUCAGGCGAGGCCUGAUGGGGGCUGGAUGGACCUGGUCUGGCUGGGAAAGGGUCAUUCUGAAAGCGUGCCUGAGCAUCUCAGAGCAAUGUCAGUGAUGCCAAAGAGAGCAACUUGGCCUCCUUGGGCACCAGUUCUGUGUAGGCCUGCCUGAGGGUAGGGCCUUGUUCUCUGACAAAGGGCUUAAUCUUUCCAUGUAGCAAAGCAACUCCCCCUCCCCCCAACCCUGAGCUCGGGCUUUUGUGGGCCCAGCGUGGCUGUGCCUGUGAGGGGAAACACACCAGAGAGAGAAACUGGCAUUCUCUCAGGGGCCUAGACAGGCCGGUGGGGCCGCCGGGAGGUGCUCAUUGAAAAGCGUAACUGCUUUGGCAAAACCCCCCAGUGCUCUGGUUGGCAACCUGGCCAGUGAGGUUGGGGUCUUGGGCUUCCCAAAGAGCUCACCCCAAUGCCAGGCAGGGCCCCUGGGACUGGGUUCCAGAGAGCUUGGCUAACAGAAAUGAGCCCUGGGAAUCCCAAGAGCAACAGAGCAUCCACCCCAUUGGUCCAUGGCCUGGACAGCUGGCAAUGGACCAUCAAAGGCUGUUACAUAAAGUUUGCCAGAAACAGUGCCCAUGUGCAAGACUCCUCACUCUUCUGUCUCCGCUUUCCCAGCUGCAAAGUCAGCGUGUUUGCUAGUGGUUCCAUGGUUCCCUCCAGGUUUUAAAAGUCUGAUCUGGAGCUGAUGAGGGUUGCGAGACUGGCGCACCUGGCACCUGGUUCCAUGGGCUGGUGUCUUCCGGCCCUGGGUGCAGGUCCCCAUCUGUCCAUGCCCAGUGCUGCUACUGGCAGGAACUCUCGGAAGCCUAGCAAAUGCUCCCACCUCUUUGUGGUUUAUUCUCUUAUUCUUGUGUCCUGAUGAGAGAUAAUUAAGAAGUGUCUACAGUGGACAAUCUUCAAGGUGCUGAUGUGAUGUUACCACCUCAGCUGCAUCCUGUGUAGGUCAGUAUCCCCGCCAGCAGACGAGGCUGGGCCAGUCCUCACUGCUGCUUCUAGAAUGACAUCAGUGGGAGAGUUGAACACUGGAAAAUUUUAAAGGAAAUGCUCUCUGAUGCAUGGAGGGAGGGAAUUUAUUUCCCGUUCAAGUAUUUUGCUUCUUAAAACCACUCCUCUCUCCAGAAUGCCUUUUAGCAAACAUGUCAGCAGGCAGAGUGACUGCUUCCAUAGCAAAAGUUGGCCUGAUUGUUCUAUCCACCCCUUUAGAAUAUAAAUUCGCAGGAGGCAGGAACCCUUUUUUUUUUAGAAUAUCCAAAUGCAUCCCACAAAAAAAGAGAUAGCUGAUAGGGACUGACAAGCACACUGUUCAGGUAAGAAGCAAUUAGCUUUUGACAUCUGUGCUCUAUACAUUUUCUGUGUGCAGCGUCUUUCCAAACUGGUUGCGGCUCCUGGGGGGUAGGUGGACAGCUGGGAAGGAUUUGCUGGCCGUUUGUACAAUGUUCUUGCCAAUUCCCUUGAGGAGAAAAUUCUUCACAUGGCUUCUGCAUGUACAGUAUUUGAGCAGCGCAAAA